AUGAAUACCUCAUCAUCACUGUCAGAGGGGCAUGGAAAGCCCUCCGUCUUCCUGAAAUUCCCCCUGGGACUUAUCCUCUUUGGUCACCUGAUCAAACCCGUCUCCUUCCUGCUUUGUGCGAAUACCUCUCAUCAUCACUGUCAGAGGGGCAUGGAAAGUCCUCCGUCUUCCCUGAAAUUCCACCUGGGACUUAUCCUCUUUGGUCACCUGAUCAAACCUGUCUCCUUCCUGCUUUGUGCGUAUACCUCUCAUCAUCACUGUCAGAGGGGCAUGGAAAGUCCUCCGUCUUCCCUGAAAUUCCUCCUGGGACUUAUCCUCUUUGGUCACCUGAUCAAACCGUCUCCUUCACCUUUUGUGCGAAUACCUCUCAUCAUCACUGUCAGAGGGGCAUGGAAAGCCCUCCAAUACCUCUCAUCAUCACUGUCAGAGGGGCAUGAAAAGUCCUCCGUCUUCCCUGAAAUUACACCUGGGACUUGUCCUCUUUGGUCACCUGAUCAAAACCGUCUCCUUCCUGCUUUGUGCGUAUAUUUCUCAUCAUCACUCUCAGAGGGGCAUGGAAAGACCUCCGUCUUCCCUGAAAUUCCCCCUGGGACUUAUCCACUUUGGUCACCUGAUCAAACCCGUCUCCUUCCUGCUUUGUGCGAAUACCUCUCAUCAUCACUGUCAGAGGGGCAUGGAAAGUCCUCCGUCUUCCCUGAAAUUCCACCUGGGACUUAUCCUCUUUGGUCACCUGAUCAAACCCGUCUCCUUCCUGCUUUGUGCGAAUACCUCUCAUCAUCACUGUCAGAGGGGCAUGGAAAGUCCUCCGUCUUCCCUGAAAUUCUACCUGGGACUUAUCCUCUUUGGUCACCUGAUCAAACCCGUCUCCUUCCUGCUUUGUGCGAAUACCUCUCAUCAUCACUGUCAGAGGGGCAUGGAAAGCCUCCAGGGGCAUGGAAAAAGUCCUCCGUCUUCCCUGAAAUUCUACCUGGGACUUAUCCUCUUUGGUCACCUGAUCAAACCCGUCUCCUUCCUGCUUUGUGCGAAUACCUCUCAUCAUCACUGUCAGAGGGGCAUGGAAAGCCCUCCGUCUUCCUGAAAUUCCACCUGGGACUUCACCUGAUCAAACCCGUCUCCUUCCUGCUUUGUGGUACCUCUCAUCAUCACUGUCAGAGGGGCAUGGAAAGUCCUCCGUCUUCCCUGAAAUUCACACCUGGGACUUAUCCUCUUUGGUCACCUGAUCAAACCCGUCUCCUUCCUGCUUUGUGCGUAUACCUCUCAUCAUCACUGUCAGAGGGCAUGGAAAGCCCUCCGUCUUCCCUGAAAUUCCCCCUGGGACUUAUCCUCUUUGGUCACCUGAUCAAACCCGUCUCCUUCCUGCUUUUGUGCAUACCUCUCAUCAUCACUGUCAGAGGGGCAUGGAAAGUUCUCCGUCUUCCCCUGAAAUUCCCCCUGGGACUUAUCCUCUUUGGUCACCUGAUCAAACCCGUCUCCUUCCUGCUUUGCCUCUCAUCAUCACUGUCAGAGGGGCAUGGAAAGUCCUCCGUCUUCCUGAAAUUCCCCCUGGGACUUAUCCACUUUGGUCACCUGAUCAAACCUGUCUCCCUUCCUGCUUUGUGCGAAUACCUCUCAUCAUCACUAAUACCUCUCAUCAUCACUGUCAGAGGGCAUGGAAAGUCCUCCGUCUUCCUGAAAAUUCCACCUGGGACUUAUCCUCUUUGGUCACCUGAUCAAACCCGUCUCCCUUCCUGCUUUGUGCGAAUACCUCUCAUCAUCACUGUCAGAGGGGCAUGGAAAGUCCAGGGGCAUGGGAAACUCUCCGUCUUCCCUGAAAUCCUACUGGGGACUUAUCCACUUGGUCACCUGAUCAAACCCGUCUCCUUCCUGCUUUGUGCGAAUACCUCUCAUCAUCACUGUCAGAGGGGCAUGGAAAGCCCUCCGUCUUCCCUGAAAUUCCACCUGGGACUUGUCCUCUUUGGUCACCUGAUCAAACCCGUCUCCUUCCUGCUUUGUGCGAAUACCUCUCAUCAUCACUGUCAGAGGGGCAUGGAAAGUCCUCCGUCUUCCCUGAAAUUCCACCUGGGACUUAUCCUCUUUGGUCACUUCAUCAAACCCGUCUCCUUCCUGCUUUGUGCGAAUACCUAUCAUCAUCACUGUCAGAGGGGCAUGGAAAGUCCUCCGUCUUCCCUGAAAUUCUCGCUGGGACUUAUCCACUUUGGUCAUCUGAUCAAACCCGUCUCCUUCCUGCUUUGUGCGAAUACCUCUCAUCAUCACUGUCAGAGGGCCAUGGAAAGACUUCCGUCUUCCCUGAAAUUCUACCUGGGACUUAUCCACUUUGGUCACCUGAUCCAACCCCUCUCCUUCCUGCUUUGUGCGAAUACCUCUCAUCAACACUGUCAGAGGGGCAUGGAAAGCUCUCCUUCUUCCCUGAAAUUCCACAUGGGACUUAUCCUCUUUGGUCACCUGAUCAAACCCGUCUCCUUCCUGCUUUGUGCAGAAUACCUCUCAUCAUCACUGUCAGAGGGGCAUGGAAAGCCCUCCGUCUUCCCUGAAAUUCCACCUGGACUUAUCCUCUUUGGUCACCUGAUCAAACCCGUCUCCUUCCUGCUUUGUGCGAAUACCUCUCAUCAUCAAUAUCAGAGGGUCAUGGAAAGCCCUCCGUCUUCCCUGAAAUUCUACCUGGGACUUAUCCUCUUUGGUCACCUGAUCAAACCCGUCUCCUUCCUGCUUUGUGCGAAUACCUCUCAUCAUCACUGUCAGAGGGGCAUGGAAAGUCCUCCGUCUUCCCUGAAAUUCCCACUCGGACUUAUCCACUUUGGUCACCUGAUCAAACCCGUCUCCUUCAUGCUUUGUGCGAAUACCUCUCAUCAUCACUGUCAGAGGGGCAUGGAAAGCUCUCCGUCUUCCCUGAAAUUCCACCUGGGACUUAUCCUCUUUGGUCACCCAUCAAACCCCUCUCCUUCCUGCUUUGUGCGAAUACCUCUCAUCAUCACUGUCAGAGGGGCAUGGAAAGCCCUCCAGGGGCAUGGAAAAGUCCUCCGUCUUCCUGAAAUUCCCCCUGGGACUUAUCCUCUUUGGUCACCUGAUCAAACCCGUCUCCUUCCUGCUUUGUGCGAAUACCUCUCAUCAUCACUGUCAGAGGGGCAUGAAAGCCCUCCGUCUUCCCUGAAAUUCCACCUGGGACUUGUCCUCUUUGGUCACCUGAUCAAACCCGUCUCCUUCCCUGCUUUAGGGGCAUGGAAAGUCCUCCGUCUUCCUGAAAUUCCACCUGGGACUUAUCCUCUUUGGUCACCUGAUCAAACCUGUCUCCUUCCUGCUUUGUGCGAAUCCUCUCAUCAUCACUGUCAGAGGGGCAUGGAAAAGCCCUCCGUCUUCCCUGAAAAUUCCCCUGGGACUUAUCCUCUUUGGUCACCUGAUCAAACCCGUCUCCUUCCUGCUUUGUGCGAAUACCUCUCAUCAUCACUGUCAGAGGGGCAUGGAAAGUCCUCCGUCUUCCCUGAAAUUCCACCUGGGACUUAUCCUCUUUGGUCACCUGAUCAAACCCGUCUCCUUCCUGCUUUGUGCGAAUACCUCUCAUCAUCACUGUCAGAGGGGCAUGGAAAGUCCUCCGUCUUCCCUGAAAUUCCACCUGGGACUUAUCCUCUUUGGUCACCUGAUCAAACCCGUCUCCUUCCUGCUUUGUGCGAAUACCUCUCAUCAUCACUGUCAGAGGGGGGCAUGGAAAGUCCUCCGUCUUCCCUGAAAUUCCACCUGGGACUUAUCCUCUUUGGUCACCUGAUCAAACCCGUCUCCUUCCUGCUUUGUGCGAAUACCUCUCAUCAUCACUGUCAGAGGGGCAUGGAAAGCCCUCCGUCUUCCCUGAAAUUCUACCUGGGACUUAUCCUCUUUGAGGGGCAUGGAAAGCCCUCCGUCUUCCCUGAAAUUCCACCUGGGACUUAUCCACUUUGGUCACCUGAUCAAACCCGUCUCCUUCCUGCUUUGUGCGAAUACCUCUCAUCAUCACUGUCAGAGGGGCAUGGAAAGCUCUCCGUCUUCCCUGAAAUUCCACCUGGGACUUAUCCUCUUUGGUCACCUGAUCAAACCCGUCUCCUUCCUGCUUUGUGCGAAUACCUCUCAUCAUCACUGUCAGAGGGCCAUGGAAAGACUUCCGUCUUCCCUGAAAUUCUACCUGGGACUUAUCCUCUUUGGUCACCUGAUCAAACCCGUCUCCUUCCUGCUUUGUGCGAAUACCUCUCAUCAUCACUGUCAGAGGGGCAUGGAAAGCCCUCCGUCUUCCCUGAAAUUCUACCUGGGACUUAUCCUCUUUGGUCACUUCAUCAAACCCGUCUCCUUCCUGCUUUGUGCGAAUACCUCUCAUCAUCACUGUCAGAGGGGCAUGGAAAGCCCUCCUUCUUCCCUGAAAUUCCACCUGGGACUUAUUCUCUUUGGUCACCUGAUCAAACCCAUCUCCUUCCUGAUUUGUGCGAAUUCCUCUCAUCAUCACUGUCAGAGGGGCAUGGAAAGCCCUCCGUCUUCCCUGAAAUUCCACCUGGGACUUAUCCUCUUUGGUCACUUCAUCAAACCUGUCUCCUUCCUGCUUUGUGCGAAUACCUCUCAUCAUCACUGUCAGAGGGGCAUGAAAGCCCUCCGUCUUCCCUGAAAUUCACCUGGGACUUAUCCUCUUUGGUCACUUCAUCAAACCCGUCUCCUUCCUGCUUUGUGCGAAUACCUCUCAUCAUCACUGACUUAUCCUCUUUGGUCACCCUGAUCAAACCCGUCUCCUUCCUGCUUUGUGCGAAUACCUCUCAUCAUCACUGUCAGAGGGGCAUGGAAAGCCCUCCGUCUUCCCUGAAAUUCUCGCUGGGACUUAUCCACUUUGGUCAUUCAUCAAACCCGUCUCCUUCCUGCUUUGUGCGAAUACCUCUCAUCAUCACUAGGGCAUGGAAAGCUCCUUCUUCCCUGAAAUUCCACACUGGACUUAUCCUCUUUGGUCACCUGAUCAAACCUCUCCUUCCUGCUUUGUGCGAAUACCUCUCAUCAUCACUGUCAGAGGGGCAUGGAAAGCCCUCCGUCUUCCCUGAAAUUCCACCUGGGUUUAUCCUCUUGGUCACUUCAUCAAACCCGUCUCCUUCCUGCUUUGUGCGAAUACCUCUCAUCAUCACUGUCAGAGGGCAUGGAAAGCCUCCGUUUUCCCUGAAAUUCCACCUGGGACUUAUCCUCUUUGGUCACCUCAUCAAACCCGUCUCCUUCCUGCUUUGUGCGAAUACCUCUCAUCAUCACUGUCAGAGGGGCAUGGAAACCCUCCGGCAUGGAAAGCCCUCCGUCUUCCCUGAAAUUCCACCUGGGACUUAUUCUCUUUGGUCACCUGAUCAAACCCAUCUCCUUCCUGCUUUGUGCGAAUACCUCUCAUCAUCACUGUCAGAGGGGCAUGGAAAGCCCUCCGUCUUCCCUGAAAUUCCACCUGGACUUAUCCUCUUGGUCACUUCAUCAAACCUGUCUCCUUCCCCUGCUUUGUGCGAAUACCUCUCAUCAUCACUGUCAGAGGGGCAUGGAAAGCCCCUCCAACCUGCAUUCCUGCUUUUGUGCGAAUACGUCUUCAUCACUGUCAGAAAUGAAAGCUCUCCGUCUUCACUGGGAAUUAUCCUCUUUGGUCACCUGAUCAAACCCGUCUCCUUCCUGCUUUGUGCGAAUACCUCUCAUCAUCACUGUCAGAGGGGCAUGGAAAGCCCUCCGUCUUCCCUGAAAUUCUACCUGGGACUUAUCCUCUUUGGUCACUUCAUCAAACCCGUCUCCUUCCUGCUUUGUGCGAAUACCUCUCAUCAUCACUGUCAGAGGGGCAUGGAAAGCCCUCCGUCUUCCCUGAAAUUCCACCUGGGACUUAUCCUCUUUGGUCACUUCAUCAAACCCGUCUCCUUCCUGCUUUGUGCGAAUACCUCUCAUCACUGUCAGAGGGGCAUGGAAAGCCCUCCGUCUUCCCUGAAAAUUCUACCUGGGACUUAUCCUCUUUGA